AGUUUGUUGAUAUAUUAAAAGCAUUGCGAUUACUGGAACAGAAAUAUUGAAGAAAAGGAUAAGCACCUGAAUGGAAAAAGUUACCUUGCUUCUGUUCUGCCUUGCUUUGCUGAAUAGUAUAGCUGCUACCACUGUGAGAGAAAGUAUUAAUGUAUUGCAAUCUAUCAGUGAUGGCCAAGUCAUUGUUUCACCUGGCAAAACCUAUGCACUGGGAUUCUUCAGUCCAGGUAAUUCCAAGAACCGUUAUGUGGGAAUUUGGUAUAAUGAGAUCCCAACACAGACUGUAGUAUGGGUUGCCAACAGAGACAGCCCUCUUAAUGACUCAUCAGGAGUUUUGAAGCUCAAUGAAACCGGAGUUCUUGUUCUUCUCAACCACAACAAGAGUGUCAUCUGGUCUUCCAACACAACAGGCUCAGCACGACAUCCGGUGGCAAAACUUUUGGAUACUGGAAAUCUCAUUGUCCAGAAUGGAAACGGCAAUGAUGAGGCAAAGGAUUUACUGUGGCAAAGUUUUGAUUAUCCAGGGGACACACUCUUGCCAGGACAGAAGUUUGGAAGAAAUUUAGUUACAGGUCUGAAUCGAUACAUGUCAUCAUGGAAUAGCUCUGAGGAUCCAUCUCAUGGUGUAUAUAAUUAUCAACUUGAUAUCACUGGAUAUCCACAGUUUGUUUUGAGAGAAGGAACUACUAAAAGAUAUCGUUUUGGAUCAUGGAAUGAUGUUCAGUUCAGUGGGGCACCUCUGUUGAAACAAAGUGAUUAUACUAGAUUUACUUUUAUUUCGAACGACGAGGAGUUGUAUUUCAUGUUUGAGCAUACCAACAAGUCAUUUUUACAUAGGAUGGUGCUAACAACAGAGGGACGUAUUCUGGGGACCUUUUGGGAUAGUGAACGAAAAGAUUGGAGCUUGCAUGCACGAAUUCCGGUGGAUGACUGUGAUUACUACGGCAAAUGUGGAGCCUAUGCUACCUGCAAUAUAGACAACAUUCCUCCAUGUCAAUGCUUGGAUGGAUUUGUGCCCAAAACGGCUGACUUGUAUGGUGGUUGUGUCAGGAGAACUUCACUGAGUUGUCAUGAAGAUGAGUUUUUGCCGGUUCCAGGGUUGAAAUUACCAGACACAGAGAGAUCCUGGUUUUCCAGAAAUAUGAGCCUUGAGGAUUGUAAGACUUUUUGCAGGAACAACUGCUCCUGUAAAGCUUAUGCAGCAUUGGAUAUGAGUAAAGGGCCCAAUGGGUGUUUACUCUGGUUUAAUGAUCUGGUUGACAUAAGAAAAUUGACCGAUGUUGAUGAAGACGUAUACGUAAGGAUGGCUAGUUCAGAAUUUGAAGCUACUGAAGGAAAGCAAUUGCAUAAAUCCAACAUCCGGAAGUACAAGAGUAUUUUCAUAAUUUGUGUGUUGUUUAUUGGAAUUUUAAUACUAUGUUUAACCUUCAUCACCCGUUAUAAACGGUUGAAGACACGGCAGAAAGGAAAGAUGGAAGGUAAUCUUGAACCAGACGUGAAUGUAAUAAAUGAGCACGAGAGUAAAGAUCUAGAGUUACCCAUGUUUGAGUUGUCUACAAUUACUUCUGCAACCAACAACUUUUCACCUGACAACAAACUAGGAGAAGGUGGCUUUGGAUCAGUUUAUAAGGGCAUCCUGGCCGAUGGAGGAGAAAUAGCUGUGAAGAGGCUCUCUAUGAAUUCCAAACAAGGACUUCCAGAGUUCAAAAAUGAAGUUAUGCAUAUUGCAAAGCUUCAGCACAGGAAUUUAGUGAGGCUACUAGGGUACUGCCUUCAAGCAGGAGAAAGAUUGCUUGUAUAUGAAUUUAUGCCCAACAAAAGCUUGGAUUCCUUCAUAUUUGAUGAAAACAAGAGCAUGUUACUAGAUUGGCCAAGGCGCAUGCUGAUUAUCAACGGGGUUGCACGGGGUCUUCUUUAUCUUCAUCAAGAUUCAAGGCAUAGAAUAGUUCAUAGAGACCUCAAAGCGGGGAAUGUUUUGUUAGAUAGCGAAAUGAACCCAAAAAUCUCGGACUUUGGACUGGCUAGAAGCUUUGGAGGAAAUGAAAUCGAAGCAACCACAAAACAUGUAGUUGGAACCUAUGGCUAUCUUCCUCCAGAGUACAUAAUUGAUGGAGCUUAUUCAACAAAGUCAGAUGUUUUCAGCUUUGGUGUGCUGAUAUUGGAGAUAGUGAGUGGGAAGAGAAAUAAAGGAUUCUGUCAUCAAGAUAAUCUACUGGCACAUGUGUGGAGGCUGUUUACUGAAGGCAAAUGUUCUGAAGUAGUUGAUGCAGCAAUAACAGAGUCAGUCCAUUUGUCUGAAGCUCUAAGAACAAUUCAUGUGGGACUACUGUGCGUGCAACUAAAUCCUGAAGAUAGGCCAAACAUGUCAUCUGUGGUUAUGAUGCUAAGCGGUGAAUCUGCACUGCCUCAGCCAAACUUGCCUGGAUUCUUUACAAGUACAAGCAUGGCUGGUGAUAGUUCAUCAUCAAGCAGUCAUAAACAAUACACAAAUAAUGACUUGUCACUUAGCAUAAUGUCUGCUAGAUAGUUGCAUUUCAAACAUGUUUUGGAUUGGUUUAAUACGUGAUUGUGGACAAGUACUGACUAAUGCAAACUGCUUCUAAUAUAUGUAUAGUUCCUCUAUCUGACACAAGUUAUUACAAAA